AACUAAGAUCUCUAGCUCUAAGUCAUUGGAAAAUGACAGAUUCUAAACCCAUCUCUCUCUUGUGUGAAUCCGAUUCUCAAAUCAGAUCUCGAGAAGUGACUGUUCCCCAAACCUAGAUCCAGAUCUACUUCUGCAAAAAGCUAAGGUAGGGCCGAGAGGGAGCGGGAGUAGAUGUCCGUAUGGUGCAAGUGUUUUCUCGAGUCUUUCAUUUAUGACUCCUUUCUUUCAACCAUUUCUUCUUAAGUUUUUAUUCGACAUUUCAGUUUUGUUGAGUUUGGUUUUAUGUAAGACAAUUUGAGUUUUAAUAAGAGUUUUUGAACGAAAAGGUUUGGGGUAAAGCAUUUGAUAAGGUUCAUCGGGCCAAGGCCGUUACAAUUGGUAUCAGAGCCAGGUUAAACCCACCCGGUGCUGUCCCGGGUGGGAAGGGCAGGGUCGGGUAGAAGUAGGAAAAAAAAAAAAAAAAAAAAAAGGGUUUCAAAAGGACUUCUUCCGAACGUUUUUCUAAGUGUUUCAAAAAGGAGUUUAAAAAAAAAAAAAAAUGCACCACUCGGACGGAACUCCUAGCUCACUCGGUGGACAAUAGAAUACGAGUAGAACCGUAGCUAAUACUCCUUCACUUGUCAACAGAAUGCCUCCCAAGAAUGCCAGAGUUGCAAGGCCAGCUGCGGCCAUCCCGAGAGCGACACGACGGGUCACCAGGUCUGCGUCUCAAGCCUCCAGCGAGGCAGAAAGCCGAAGAGAGGGCGCACCCGAGAAUGGGAACCCAGUGGAAAUGCCGAACGUGGUGAAUGCAGCGCUCCUGGCAGAACUGCAAAGAUACCGUGACGCCUAUGGGGGUCAAUUGCCCAAUGGUGAAGCCGCCGCAGAGGCGGGGGACAACCCCAUACCACCUGGGGCGGCCCAGAAUCCGCCACCACCGCCACCACCCCCGGCAGCGCCUGCGGUGGUGCAAGCCCCAGGCCCCAACUACUGGGACAUGCUGAGACACAUGAAGAGUAUGCAGACAGAGUUUUUCAAUGGAAAGGCCGACGCAAUUGUCGCGGAUAACAGGAGACGUCAACUCGAGAGGAACUUCGCUUCUGCAAGGUGCCCACCGGAGUUCCGUAGGGACCUGGCUGCUCACUAUCUUAAGGACGACGCACUAGUGUGGUGGGACGAAGUGGUCGAAAGGUCACACGGGAUACGACUGACCUAGGAUGAUUUCCUGGAAGCAUUCAAUGGGAAGUACUUCCCCUUAGAAGCCAUGGACGCGAUGGAAAGCAAGUUUCAGGACAUCCGUCAGGGGUCAAGGAAUGUACGAGACUACGGAGACGAGUUCAACCGACUUCGGAGAUUUGCGGGUCACUACCUGAGUGAUCACGACUUAAUCCGCCGUUUCCUCAAAGGCAUGAGAGUGGAACUGAGGAAUAGCUGCAACGUGAGGGAAUAUCGUGAUGUCCAUGAGCUGAUUGAGAAAGCCGCAGAACAGGAAUCAGGGCUCGAGGAAGAACGAAAACAGAACCAGAACUCCCAGAACCGGGGUGCCAAACGGCCCCGGGAUGCACUGCC